AUGGUCCCUCGUGCAACCGCUCGGAGCUUCCGCCAGAGCACGGCAGUGGAGACACCGGCGUCAAUGGUGUCGCACCAGGAUAGCCAGUGCUCCUCUUGCACCCUCUCAGCAGUCACCUUAGCCUGGCGGAUGGCCGCCCGGAGGAGGCCCCUCGUGGCGUCCACAACACAGGCCUUCGAAAACGGCACGGCUCAGGGUGGUGUCCUGAGCCCCGUUCUCUUCAACUUGCUUGUCGAGAAGCUGACAACUCUGCCAUACAGCCGCUAUGCACGAGUUUUCUCGUACGCGGACGAUGUGGCCAUGGUAGUUUCCGGCCCGAACCACGUGGCCAGCGCUCGUCUCCUCCUCCGCCGCCUCUCACAUACCUGUGCGUCCCUCUGGCUCGUGAUAAACAGGGGAAAGACGAGGGCCAUGGCCAUCCACCACCGUCUCCUCCCCGAGGCCUUCGAGCUUGACGGCACCCCUGUCCCCUGGGUGCACGUCUAUAAAUAUCUGGGCGUCACCCUGGAUUCACGGCUCUCCUUCACCCCCUAUGUCAACCGCCUUCGCCAGACAGUGGCGACCCGCACCAACAUCAUGCGGGCCCUGGAGAGAACUGCCGGAGGUGCCAGCGACAGGGUCCUACGGCUGUUCUAUCUCCAGGCAGUGAGGGCCUGUGUAGAUUACGGGACGCCGUGCCUCAUGACGGUGAACCCUGCUGCACUCCGGCCUCUGGAGACGGCCCAGAAUGCGGCGAUCCGUACCAUCGUGGGGGCCCCACGGUGGACGAAAUGCAUCUCCAUGAGGGCGGAGGUCCGGCUUAGCACUGUUGCAGCGAGGAUCACCCAGCUCGCCGUCGGCCAUCUGGCGACGCUGCUGCGCCGCAGGGGGUCAGUACUGCUGAGAGCCUCGGUGAAACAGGCCCUCAAUCAGGCCCCUCUGCUUUUUCGCAGGAAAACGUGGGCGUCGGUGGCAGCAGCCAAACUCAGGACCACCCUCCUCUCCCGGUGUUUCCUGAUGAACACAGACCUGCCCCACCCUGGCUACACCUUACCACCCCCGUGGGCACCAGCCACCUUCACGGCCACAAUCAAGCCACUGCCUGCGAGGAAGAACCUGCUGACACCGCGAAGCCUCGCGCGGGAGGCCGUGAGCAGAGAGUUGGAGGCGGCCCGGCCCCUCACUGCCACCUAUUACACAGAUGGCUCCGUCAACCACCUCACUGGGGCUGUCGGGGCGGCUUUCGUCACGGCGGGCCAUGCUGACAUCUACCGGCUGCCUGACGGCUCCUCCUCGAUCCAGGCGGAGCUGGUGGCGAUCAGCAUGGCGCUGGGGCACGCACUAGAGUGGGGCAGGGGCCCGGUCCUGGUACACUGCGAAUCGGUGCCGGCCAUACGAUCGCUGUACCAGGACCCGAUGGCUGACAACGUCUCCCUCCUCACGGGCAUCCACGCCCGGUUGCAGGAACUGGGGAGAACCGGCCGUCAGGUACACCUAAACUGGUUGCCCAGCCAUGCAGGCGUGGUGGGUAACGAAGCUGCUGACCGCGCUGCCGGAGAAGCCACCCUGCUACCCAGCAUAACAUGCCCCGUUUCCCCGAGCGUGUCACUGCUCAAGCGGGACAUGGCGGCCCAUACCUUGGCGGGUUUCGUCAGGGCCCUUGAACAGGCCUUAGCGGCCGGCUCAUCGUCUGCAUACUGGUAUGAAUCGGCGACUGGCUCCGGGAGCCAGUCGCCAGUCGUAUGA